CCAAAGUCUGACCUGAUUUUUCAAGUGAAGUUUACAGGGAAAUGUGAUCUGUUUGAGCUCAAAAGUAAGUCAGAUUGAGUUCAAUGAAACCCACUCCUUUUAAAACAAUGUUUAUUGACUGAUCCUACAAUUCUCACCAGUCUCCCUUGCCCUCCUUCCUUUUUCCCUCUGUACCUCUACUAUGAUCUCACCUAUUUGUGUGUAUAAAUGUGUGUCUUUCUGAAUUAAAUACCUCCUCAUCUGGUUUAGCCCACAGCAUUUAAAGUUUCCCACAUUAUCUUUCUUCAUGAUUAACAGGAUUUAAAAAAAAAACCUACAGAAUGGAACAGCUAAUAUCUAAACCUAUUGGCACAGCAAAAAUCACAGCCCAAUACUCCCCAUGUUUCUUUGAAUCUGUUUCCUUCUGGGUCCAGGAUUUAUUCUCCAAUACGGCUGCAAUCUUCUUCCCUCUUACUUGGGACCUACUGGACUCAAUUGGACUUACAUCUGUGUACGAAUGUAUAAAAUCAUACUGUUAAUAGAUGUCAAUGCAGAGGAAGACGUUCUCCCUUUGGUUCAAGAAUAUGUCUACACACUUCUGGAGCCCUUUGGUAGUCAUAUCUCUUUCGUCACGCUGCAGAUCUCUCUUGAGCAAUUCCAUUAAAGUGCGAUAAGAACAUCAGUACUUUUCUUCUGUACAUUAAAAGCAAGGGAGAAGAGAGGGGAUAGGAGGUUAAAAACCAAGGCAUUUGCCUGGAAUAAAUUCUACUGACUCUUAUUUUAGAACUAAAGUUUGGCGUGAGGUGAGAAAGGGGAUGAAGGAGCAAAACUCAGCAAGACCACAAAGAGAAGGAAAAGCCAGUAAUGCAAAUCAGUCUGAAUAUAUGACAGAGAGGCCAAAAUGGGAACUGUCAGAACAACGCAAAGAUGUUUCGGGUAAAAGGAUGCAACAGCGUUGGGAAGCCCAAUGGCAGGAAUUCCUGAAGACCCUCCAGUCUCCUUAUUCAGCAUGUGGAAACCUUCAGUUGUCAGAGACAACACCAUGGGAUGAUACCAAGGCCUUCCUGGCCUCCUUUGAACAAGUGGCAGAAGCUUGCCGAUGGCCUCGAGGAGAGUGGGUGAUCCGGCUCCUGCCAGCACUGAGUGGCGAAGCAGAACAGGCCUUUCAGAACAUGGAAUCCACUGAUCAGGAGGAUUAUGGGAAAGUGAAGGCAGCCAUUUUGCGGGCGGACGCCCUGAGAGUGGAAGUGCAGCGCCAGCACUUCAGACAGUUCUGCUGCCAGGAGGUUGAAGACCCCCGAAGGAUUCACUGCCAGCUCCAGGAGCUUUGUCAUCAAUGGCUGAAGCCAGACAGACACAGCAAGGAACAGAUCCUGGAGCUGCUAAUUCUGGAGCAGUUCCUGGUCAGCCUACCACCGGAUCUGCAAAACUGGAUCCGAGCCAGAGGACCAGACAGCUGCUCCCAGGCUGUGGCUCUGGUAGAGGACUUCUUGAUGACCCAGCAAGAAGCUGUGUCAGCAAAGUGGCAGAAACCGUUGCAGGAUGUGUGUGUUGAUUCCCUGGAAGUGGAAGAGGUGCAAUCGGAUGCUGCUGAGGGACAGGUCUGUAAAGAAGCCAAGCAGGCUGAUGAUGCUGAGAUCACUCUGCUAGGUAAUGGAAUCAAAUGCUCAGACCAUUCCAGUUCAUUGCUUAAUCUUAAAGGACAGGAAGUUACUGAAGCUAGGCUGAGUGAGGAACUGCUGAACCUCAAGGAGACAGGUGUGUCUUUGCACAUGGUUGAGCAGACUCUGACCCAGCCAGGCCAACAGACCAUUUUCUGGCAAGUCCUGCAGGAGGAUGGUGGAAAUGUCCAGCCAUUUGGUGGGGAUGGGAAGGCAACUCCACUUAAAGUGGAGAAUCCUCAGCAUGGAGGAAAUGAGCUGGAAGAGAUGCCCAUGGCAAUGCCAGUCAUGAACCAAGAGAAAUUACCACGGAUGGCAGAGAAGAAGCACAAGGAAAGAUGUGAUAAAAGCAGAUAUUGGAUCAAGAAGGAGAAAUCACAGCAGGGAGAGAUUGUACCAGAAGAAACACAAAAGGUGUUAGCAGAAACAAUUCCGUGGAAUUUUCCUGUGACAGCAGAAAGUCAUGACCGAAGACGUGAGUGCAAAGGACAACAGGAGAAGAGACCAAUGGAGAGAGAGCAAGACUGCAGUGAAGUCACAGAAAGCCUUGCAGGUGCUGAUAACAAAACCUCUGCAAAGUCCACAGAGGGAGGAAAGCCCUUGUUCUCCAAAUAUGGGAGAAAAUACUGCUAUAAGUCAGAUUUUGUUGUGGUGCACACAGGGGAGAAUCCUUGUGAAUGUCCUGCAUGGAAGGAAGACAUCCAGGCAAAAUGUUGUCUUAAUAAACCUCAAGAAAUCCUUAAAAGAGAUAAACUCUACAAAUAUAGGGAAAGUUUCCACUUGAGAGAUGAACACAUCAGACACCAGAGCUGCCACCCAGAAAAGAAACCUUAUGAAUCCUGUGAGGAUGAGAAAAGCUUCAGAUAUGAAGAAACAUUGCAGAAAAACCAGAAUAGUCAUUCAGGAAGGAAACUGCAUGAAUGUUCUGUGUGCAGGAAAAGCUUUACUUAUAGGGCAGAGUUAACAAGACAUCUGAGAAUUCAUACAGGAGAGAAGCCAUUUGAAUGUUCUCACUGUGGGAAAUGCUUCAGACAGAGAGUGCACUUGAUUGGACACCAGAGAAUCCAUACUGGAGAGAAACCAUUCAAAUGCCCCGAAUGUGGGAGAGGCUUCUCUCGGCGAGAUAAGUUGAUUGGCCAUCAGAAAACUCAUAGGACAUUCAUAAGGUCUCUAUCUUCUGUGGGUGGGAAGAACUGUGGUCCGAAAGGUGACAAGAAAAGAAAUCCAAUCAAGAUGGAGAAUGCACAGCAGGGAGAGAUGAGGCCUGAUGAAAUACACAGGACCUAUGCUGAAACAGCCAAAGGGAAUUUUGUGGCUGUUGAAAUUCUUGGACAGAGAUGGGAGCCUGAAGGGCAACAAAGGGAGAACCCAGUGAGGAAGGAGACUGCAUGUACUGAACUUGCAAAAGGUCUAACAGGAGCAGUUAGCCAAACCUCCACCAUGCAUGGAACAGAAGAAAUACCCUCAUUUUUACAAGACGAAGAAGGAUACAGCUGCAGAUCAGGCUAUGUGAUGCACAGCAGAGAGGAUUCCUAUGAAUGUCCCAUAGGACUGAAACAUUUCCCAGAAGUAUCAUGUUUUGAUAAAAAUCAGGGACUGAAAGUAAGGGAGAAAGAAAAUGAAGUCUCUGAGUACAUUAAGAAGGAGAAUCUAAUGGGAUGUCCAAGUAAACUUUCAGCAGAUGAUGACUCAGUAAGUGAAAAAGAAAAGGAAGGAAGUGUUCAGCAGGAGGGCCCCAGAAGAGAGCUAUCAGAAGAGAGAUAUACAGAAGAGAGAUGUUGUAUUAGGCACCUGAUGGCAGUCCAUUCAGGAGCACCUCUCUUUGAAUGCUCUCAUUGUGGGAAAGGUUUCACAAAACAGAAAGAUUUCAUUAGCCACCAAAUGACAGACCACACGGAGAACAACGGUGAUAUGUGUCCUGACAGUGGGACAAGUGACAGGGAAAAAAUGUCCCUAGUCAAACAUCAGACGCCUCAUAUGGGAGAAUUUUCUUGUAAAGACCCAAAUUGUACAGAUAAUUUUGAAGACAACAGAUUUUUUGUCAGUCAUUGUAGAAUGAAUGAAAAAGAGCAGCCUCAUCAACACUUGGAUUAUCAGAUGCAUUUUCUGGAGGGAAGUAACCCAGAAGGUUACGUUGGGACAUGCUCUGAGUGUGGAAAAUGUUUCAGAAAUGAGAGAUGUUUUGUUAACCCUCAGAGAACGCACAUGCAAGAGCAAUCAUAUAAGCAAGAAGGUGAAGAAGAGCCACUCCCUGCAAAUCAGACAAACCAGUUAAAUAUGAAAUGUGAGAUGUGCUUCGAUUGUGAAAAACUGAUCUGCACCAAUUUAGUGCUGGCUGAACCAAAGACUGAAAUGGAACAGGACCUCUAUAUAUGCCCUGAUUGUGGGAAAACAUUCCAAGACAGCCGAUGUUUUGCUAACCAUCAGAGAAUCCAUGGAAAAGAACAGAAUAAAAAAGAGUCCCAGCAGGAAGCCUAUGGGGAAGAAGUGCUGCCUUCUGAAGAAAGAUGCUAUCAGUGCCCUACCUGCAAGAGAGCGUAUUCAACACGUUAUAAUCUCAGGAGGCAUCAGCAAAUCCACACAGAGUGCAAAUCCAAUAAACGUUCCAGCCUGGGAAAGAGAUCUUCCUGUAAAUGGUCCUUCAGUGAGAAUCAGAAUGCCCAAGGCAAAGGAGAGCAUCAGUAUAAAUGCUCUUACUGUGGGAAAGCCUUCAAAGUGAAAGGUAGUCUCUGCAAACACCAGAAGAUUCACAUAAAAGGCAAGCCCUAUAAGUGCAAUGUCUGUGGGAAAGCCUUUGCCUACAGAUACACUCUUGCUUAUCAUCAGGAAUCCCACAUUAAAGAACAGAUGUACCAGCAUAAAUGCUCUUAUUGUCGGAAAACCUUCAGUAUGCAGUCAUACCUCCGUAGGCACCAGCAACUGCACAUGGGGAGCAAACCCUAUUCUUGUGGUGUCUGUGGGAAAGCCUUUGCCUAUCGAUAUGCCCUAACUCGUCAUCAGGAAAUACAUGUGGAAGGACCAUCCCAAAAAUGCUCUUUCUGCUGGAAAGCCUUCCAAACCAAUUAUUCUCUCAGUAGACAUAAGCGCAUCCACACAGACACAAGGUCCUACCAAUGCUCUAUUUGUGGGAAAGUCUUUGGAAGAAAAUAUUCCCUCUUUCGACACCAGGACAUGCAUGAAAAAAGAAGCUCUGGUAACAUGUCCAGUAGUGGGAAAGAUCCUAAUAACAGCUUGAACACAGUUAAAGAUGAGGCUGGCACCCCAGAAAAAAAUUCUAACAUCUGGCCAGACAGUUCAACCUUUGCUGGAAAUCAGGGUGUCCAAAAGGAUGGGGAAAUCCCUGAAAACCCUGAGGGUAUUGGUAGUUCCCGCUGCACUAAAAACCAGAACACCCACUUGGGAGAAAACCCUGCUCUAGGGUUAGCACCUGAGAGACUAUCCUAGAUAACUCAAUGCUUCCUAAAAACCCAGUUAGCCAUGACAAUGACAAUGUUAAUAAAUGCUUUGAAUAUCUAAACUCAUCUAGGUGUCAGAGGAUCUUCAUGAAAGAAAACACUCCUGAAUCUUUCAGG